AUCAGGAAACUGAAUGUUGCUUUUGAUACAAGGGGCGACGGGUGAAAGCUAACUCAUUCCUGUUUGCAGAACUACGCAAAUUCACUUGUUUAGGAAGGACAUAAAAAGACAUAUUUUUCAAACUAUGUUCCCUGUGGACUGAUUUUACACACUUUCAAGACACCAUAACCAUGGAAGAACAGCUGGCCUGUGGGGGCUCAGUGAAUUCUGCAUCCCUCUCAACAUAUGAGCUACUGAUUCUGCAUACUGCUGAGGCACAGGAAUGGGCAACAUAUUUGCAGCAGAUCUUGCAGGAGUCCUCGGAGAAGUUCCACAAGAGCUCAAUUUUGCUCUAUACCAUCGGCCCUGCUGAUCAGCUCCAUGGGUGCAACUUUGAAAGUUUCCACACCUUCAAAUGCGUUGUGCUGCUCCUCACUGGAGGAUUCGUAGACUUCAUGUCUGAGCCUGAGCCACAUGGAGCCCUUCAGAGGCUGCUCCACCCAUCACACAGAGUGGUGGCGCUGUUGUGUGGCGUGUCUGAAGAAGACAUAUUAACGGUCGAUGGCUUUGAAGACUGGCCCAGUUGGAGAAAACUGCAUGCUGAGGAUGAACCCGCUAUCUAUGUCUCGGCCAUUCUGGAGACCAUCACUAGCAGCAGGCUACAGGCAGAGCGUGUGAUCAAAUGCGCGGCCUCAGAACAGCUGCACGUCGCCCGAGCCUCCUCAAGGGAGGAUCAUCUCACCGCUGAAAUACAGGAAGUGAUGUCAGGAGAGUGUCGAAAAAGAAACUUGGGGGAUGAUGAACAUUCAACCAAGGCUCUUUCUGUAACCAAGGAAAUUAGUCCACACUCACGCAUCAACUGCCUCACUAUUCAACCAGCCCGACUUCUGUGUGGGGUGGAGGAGAGCAUUUUUAUCAUCUUUACUGAUCGAGUAGAUCACCUGUCAUCACCAGAAGUGGAGUUUUCCUCUGGAUAUACCCCGUCAAAAACAGUUUCAUGCACUGUUGUAAAUGAGUACACAAUACGUCUCACUGCACCCGAAAUGCCUGCAGGGGAGGUAUCACUCACCCUGUGCUCUAACCAAUCACGUAUAAGCUUGAAGUGCGUCACAUAUUAUACCAACAUGGGAGAAGUCAGUCGCUGUCUUGAAAAUGCUGCCGAUCCCAUAAAUUUCCUCUGCCAGGCUUUCAAUUUGAUGUCCAAUUCAAUUGAGUUUUUGGACGAAAUUCUAACCGACUCAAUCAAAUCCAAGAUGCCAGCAUGUCUUCAGCUGUUUGGGAUCAGACAGAUAGAGGAGCACAAUAUGGCGGCAUAUAAGCGCAAUGAGGAACUUCCCACGUUGCUCCACUUUGCUGCAAAGUAUGGCCUGAAGAAGCUGAUGAGCUUCCUCCUUCAGAUUCCCGGGGCGCUGCAAGCUUACAGCGUGAUGAACAAGAAUGGAGAUUAUCCAAACACGCUGGCGGAAAAGAGCGGCUUCCCAGAUCUCCGACAGUUUAUUGAUGAAUUUGUUCAGACUGCAGAUAUGCUCAAAUCUCAAGACGAAGAUCCAGAGGAGUGUACAGAGGACUACGAAGAGAUGACGCCUACCCAGCACUCAGGUUGUCCCGACGACAUGUAUGUGCCAAUGCUGGGCGGAAACCCUGAGUGCGAAGAUGAUCUAUAUGAAAAGAUGAAUGCUAUUGUGGAAAACACAGAGGAUGCUAUGCUGAGGACGUUUUUUCAAGGUGAACAACCAGCAAAACCUCAGAACAGUGUAGUCCAAGGUGAAAAAGAGCAACCUCAAAUGGAAAAUGCAGAGUCCAAUGACCCUGAUGAAAGUGAUAAUGAGCUGGACCCCUACAGCCUCGCUAGUGAAGACAUAUAUGAUACUUUGGAUGAAAAUAAUUGCCACAAUGCAGCAGUGCUGUCUCGACCACCAGCCCCCAUCCCUCGACCUGAAAUUGAGCCUGAACCUGAAAAGCCUGUCACCUAUAUUUCAAGAGUAUUUUCAGAUAAAGCUACAUCCCAAAGUCACACCGUGGCAACGUGUCCGCAAGGUCAGUCUGCGAUGGAGCCCCCCAUACCUGUAUACGACUUUUUUGCUGGGAUGAAGACGCCUGGUCAGAGGCAGCUCAUAACCCUCCAGGAGAGGGUCAAAGUGGGAGAAAUGACUGUGGAUGAAGCUGUCCAUGAAUUCAAAGCUUGGCAGCUGGACCAUGAGAGCAGAGCAAGCUCAGUGCGCUAUCAGCAGGAUAAUCUGAGAAGAUUGAGAGAGAGCAUCAACAGGCGUCACAAUGAGAGAGAAAAGACAGGCAAGGAGCUUGACUAUCAGAUAAGUGCCCCACUGCAGAGAAACUCCUUUUGGGGAGCCACUGUGACAAUGGAGUGUGCUGUAUAUGACGGAACACCCAGAAUGGUGCCUCCAUCCACCUCAGCUGCUCAUCUUAUCCAAAGAGGAAGCUGGAAGACAGGGAGCACGUCCAGUACAUCGAGAGGUACUGAGAGCAACAGACUCAGCACUCACAGCAAUUUAAGCUACAGCAGUGGGACAGAGCCAGAUUUAGAGGACUCUUUAGAAAAUCUCCCCCUUCCGCCAAGACCUCCACGGCCUUCUGAAGCUGCUCCACUAAUUCCACCCAGAAUUCCUAGACGCAAUUCACAAAGCACGUCAGAUAAGAUGUUGCACGAGCGCUAUGUGUCCUGCCCGACCCGAGCGCUUCCUCAAAGACCUCCUCAAAGACAGACCAAUUCUGCUCCUCCCAUUCCACGUCGACUGCGGUGAUGGACAGAGCUUGACUUCUUGUAUUCAAUCUGGGUUCAGUUUGUGUGCUUUUUUAAUGCAACAGAGAUGAAGAGGUUGGGCAGUCAUCACUUCAGUUAAAAAAAAGAUACAACUCUCCACAUAGAGACAUUUUUCCAGCUUUUAAUUAAUUGUGAAUGCUGUAUCGUACAGUAUCAUUUUGAAAAAAAGAUGAUUGUACUGUGGAAUUAAGAACUUGUUAGGCGUGCCAAAGAA